AUGACAAACCAAGGAGAACAAGAUACGCGGACUCUGGGAGAGACAGCGGAAAUGCUGAGAGACAAAGUGCUACAAAUGGAGAAGCACCUCCAAGAAAUAGGGAGGAAAAUUAAAGAAGUGGACAGAUUGCUAGAGAUGGUUGGGAACCCACUAGAGGGCGUACCCCAAGAACAAUACUAUGGGAAUGUCCCAGAAGGAGUAAGGGAUUUAGUACUGAACUAUAUACCUUUAGAGAGAAGUCCUAUGACGCCUAGAGAGGAGACUCCGAGAGGAGUGCAUGAAAGCCAAGAAGCUGGAUCAGAUUAUUGGGUAAUAGAGUCGGACCCGCAAGAGGAGUCAGAGCCUCAACGGGUAGCCUCCGAACCCGUCGAGGAGGAAGAACCAGAAGAGGAAGAGGAAGAUCCUCAGGAUGUGGAGGAAGAGGAAUUAGAGCCUAUUGACAUAGAGGCUGGGGGAGAGGAAGAAUCAUUCGGGAUGUUCCCUGAGUUCGCAGAGGAGGAGAAUGAUGCCAAUGAGGAAUCUGAUUACUAUGCCCCAACCGAUGAGAGAUCUGACUUUUAA